AUGCUCCUCCAACCUCUCCACCCCUCCGCCCGCGCACUCGCCUUCCCGCCCCAGCACGCCCCCCUCCUCUCCCGCGCGACCCCCCGCUCGCUCGCCACCGUGGACAGGUUCGCGCUCCCCCCCGCGCACGCCGACGACCCUCCCGUCCUGCCCCUGGAGCCCGCGCCCAACUUCAGCUAUGUCCCCCGCUCCCAGCCACUCUCCCCCAGUCCCGACCCAAUCUAUCCCUCUGCCCUCCCAGAACACCUCUACGACGAGCCCCAGAAUACUAAUCACCCCGCUCCGGAAUACGAGGUCGCCUCGCGCCAGCCCCCACCCUCCAUACACACCAACGAUCUCCUCUAUUCCGCAGACCAGGGCAACUUCACUCCGUCCCCCACCUCCUCCCCCGCCGACGCCCAGUCCUCCGCGCGUCACUUCUCCUUCCCCCAACCCAUGAGCGCGCCACACUCCCAGAACGCGUUCCCCUCCCGCUUCACCAAUGACCCCUCCCCCUCCGCGUCCCGUUCGUGA